AUGCCUGGCAGCUCUGCCAAGUUUCCUCGUUCUGGGAGGGUCUCUCUCUACUCUUCUUCUUCUCUCCUCCCUCGCCCCUCUGCUCCUCCUCUUCCGCGCCUCUCUGCUCCUCCUGCUUCGCGCCCCUCUGCUCCUCCUGCUAAGCGCUCUAAGCUUUCCUCUGCCUCUUCUUGUAAGCAACGUAAGCUUACCUCUGUUCCUCUCGCUUGGCGCUUCUCUGCUCCUCCUGCUUCGCGCCCCUCUUCUCCUCCUGCUAAGCUUUCCUCUGCUCCUCCUCUUCCGCGCCCCUCUGCUCCUCCUGCUAAGCUUUCCUCUGCUCCUCCUCUUCCGCGCCCCUCUGCUCCUCCUGCUAAGCUUUCCUCUGCUCCUCCUCUUCCGCGCCCCUCUGCUCCUCCUGCUAAGCUUUCCUCUGCUCCUCCUCUUCCGCGCCCCUCUGCUCCUCCUGCUAAGCUCUCCUCUCUCCUCCUCUUCCGCGCCCCUCUGCUCCUCCUGCUAAGCUUUCCUCUGCUCCUCCUCGCUAAGCUCUCCUCUGCCUCCUCUCUCCUCUCCGCGCCCCUCUGCUCCUCCUGCUAA